AUGUCAGCUCCAUUCACGCCACCACCCGGGCCACCACCACCUGCUGUUCCAGAGGGAUGGAAGGCCCAGUACGAUGAGCGCUAUCAAACAUGGUUCUACGUGCAUCUCGCUACCGGAAAGUCUCAAUGGGAAGUACCUGAAGCGCCGGCUUCUACAUCUGGAAUCAUACCUCCUGGCGACGCACCACCAUCCUACAAUCAAACGGGACCGGCCGACCCAGCAACGGUUGCCAGUGCCGGCGAUAAAAAGCGCCCAUUAUCAUCCAAUAACCCCUACAACUCUCGCGGCACAGCCAGUCCAUCAAUCGACAGCGACGCGCAACUAGCAGCAAAGCUACAAGCUGAGGAAGAUGCGCGAGCUAGUAGCAGGAGUCCAGGCGCACGAGGCGCUGCAUCAGAUUACUACACCGGAAAUACACCCAUUGCACAACCCGGUGCCUCCUACGCGGGUCCAUCGAGCAAUGUUGCUCCGGAAGAGAAAUCCCGUAGUAAGGGCUUUCUGAGCAAAUUGAUGGGCAAAAGUUCUAGUUCGCGACCACGUCCUACUCAAGCUGCGUAUGCUUCGUAUCCGCAGCAACAACCGCAAAAUAUGGGUUACAAUGAUCCGAACUAUGGUCGUUACCCGCAGGGUUAUGCUUAUGGUGGAUACCCACAGCAGAGUGGACCUUACUAUCAGCAACAACAAUAUCAACAACAGUAUCAGCAACAGCCUCAGCGGAAACAUGGCAUGGGCACUGCUGGUGCGGCUGCGUUAGGUGUUGGUGGUGGUUUGCUGGGUGGCUUGUUGCUUGCGGAUGUGGUGGAGGACUUGGGCGAUCAUAACGAUUACAAUGAUGGGGGUUGGGGUGGUGGAGGCCCCGGUGAUGGUGGUGGUUGGGAUGAUGGCGGCGGCGGUGGUGACUUCGGCGGUGGUGGUGAUUUCUAA